CACUGGAGACAGGUGUUAGGAGGAGACAGGAAGGAGAUACCUGAAAUAUAGUUAGUUAUAAUUACACUAAAUACAACCACAUUAAGUGCUACUACAUGCUCAUCUAUCACCAUGAAUACAGACGCUGCGUUAUUGGUGGAGACGGUUAACUUCGCUGCAGAGAAACACCGUAACCAGCGACGUAAAGACGCAGAGGCGACGCCGUACGUCAAUCACCCAAUAGGAGUGGCCAGGAUCCUCAGCUAUGAAGGAGGAAUCACAGACAUCGAGGUUUUACAGGCCGCUCUGCUCCAUGACACCGUGGAGGACACAGACACCACUCCUGCCGAGCUGGAGGCCAAGUUCGGGCCGGUCGUGGCUCGCAUCGUUCAGGAAGUGACGGACGAUAAGAGUCUGCCCAAACUGGAGAGGAAGCGUCAGCAGGUGGAGCACGCGGCCCACAGCAGCCGACAAGCCAAACUGGUCAAACUGGCCGACAAACUGUACAACCUGAGGGACCUGAACCGAUGCACGCCUGUCGGUUGGACAUCAGAGCGGGUCCAGGAGUAUUUCGUGUGGGCCUCUGAGGUGGUGAAAGGCCUGAAAGGAACCAACUCGGCUCUGGAGGAGAAACUAGAGGAGCUGUUCAAACAGAGAGGCGUUCAGUUCUGACCACACAACGAGGACAAGACGCUAUUUAACUUCCGUAUAUCCGUUUAUAUAUGUAUCACAGAAA